AUGGCAUACGAACCUCGAGAGUAUGGAGGUGGACGGGAUCGAGAAAGGGAAGGAAGAGGAAGAGGAAGAAGAGACGAUGGAGGACAGGAAGAGGGGGGUGGUGAAAGAGACUUCGUGAGAGGGAGGGGUCGUCGUCCCGUCACGGAUUAUAGCUCUACUAUGGUUCAUUGGAUGCGUAAUCGUCAGCCAAGGUAUAAAGGUGGUUACCAAGGUGAAAUGGAAAGACCCAGUCCAAGUUACAUGAUAGAUAUGUUGCCGCCGCUGGCAAGAAUUCAUAAUGCAGCAGAUUCGGUUCCAGGGAGGCAUUUACAUUCGUCACUUAAUAAAAUCAAGCACCCCGUGAAUGUGGUAAGAUGGACACCAGAAGGUCGACGAUUACUCACAGCCUCCAGUAGUGGAGAAUUUACUUUAUGGAAUGGCGCAGGUUUCAACUUCGAGACAAUUAUGCAAGCACAUGAUGUUGCUAUUCGCGCUUUGUCUUAUUCUCAUAGUGAUGACUGGUUGAUAUCAGCUGAUCAUGAUGGAGUGAUCAAAUACUGGCAACCGAAUUUCAACAAUGUCAAAGUCAUUCAAGGACAUGAUGACCCUAUAAGAGAUCUUGCAUUUAGUCCAAACGACUCAAAGUUUGUCACGGCCUCGGAUGACUCUAAGCUAAAGAUUUUCGAUUUUGCUGGCGGUGUUGAGGAGUCUAUUCUCUCUGGGCAUGGAUGGGACGCGAAAAGUGUUGACUGGCAUCCGACUAAGGGAUUACUCGUUUCUGGAUCAAAAGAUCAUCUUGUCAAGUUAUGGGAUCCGCGCAGUGGCCGAUGUCUGACGACUCUCCAUGGACAUAAGAACACAAUCACAAAAACCGUUUUUGAACCAGUACGAGGCCACUGCUUAGCCACUUCAGCUCGAGACCAAACCGCACGAGUAUUCGACUUGCGAAUGAUGCGCGAUGUAUGUUUGCUCAAAGGCCAUGAUAAAGAUAUCUCUACCCUAGCAUGGCAUCCAAUUCACCCUUCGCUUUUGAGCACUGGUGGUGCUGAUGGGUCUCUUUUCCACUACCUACUAGAUGAACCAAACAAUCCUGCUGGAACGGAACCUUCCAUAGCUCCUUAUGAUAGUCCAGACCCCACUACUACACCGGCUCAAACCAUCUAUCCAGCUCAUAAAUUAACCUACGCUCAUGAAUUCGCUAUCUGGUCACUUGAUUGGCAUCCUCUUGGUCACAUCUUAGCAUCAGGUUCCAAUGAUCGAAUCACUCGAUUCUGGACACGUGUACGUCCUGGUGACGCAGAUACAUUCAAAGACCGCUAUCACAUUGGUGACUCAGCUGCCGAGGCGCAAGGAACCUAUGAUCGUCGCGGCGGGCGACGCCAACGUCAAGAGGAAGAAGAUCAAGAAGCUGAAGACGAAAUGGAAGGAUUGGUCGAUCAGAAAAUGCCUGCAAAGGUACCCGGUUUUGCCACAGGAAUACCUGGUCUGCCAUUACCUGGUAUGGGAAUUAUCCCUGGUAUGAAUCGUGUUCCCCCACCCCCACCUCCACCUAUGCUCAGUGGAGGUAAUAUGCCACCUCCACCUUUACCUGGAAAUAUAGAUGCCAAUACCUUGGCAAUUAUGAUGAAGGCUGGUUUGCCUCCUCCAGGAGCACCGGGCAUGCCACCCCCACCACCAAUGCUCCCACCAAACUUUCAACUCCCGCCUGGCUUCGUUGUUCCUCCACCUCCUCCUGGUAUGCCAAUACCUGGUUUAGAUAGUACAGAUCUAUUAAGUGGUAGCGGUGGAAUUAGAAAGCGGGGACCUUUGCCAAGCCAAGAAGAAAGUUUACAAGCGAUGCAAAGACAGGGAAAAUUUAGACAGGCACGAUAG